AUGGCCCCGACCUACCAAACAUUUGCAGAUGAGGAGUCCCUCAUCUCACAGCCACCCAAGACGACGUCGACGAGAAAGGCCGCGGGCGUCGCGGGCGUCGCCGCGCUGGUUCUGGCGGCCCUCGGCGUGUCCACGGUUUCGCACGUGAACCCUAUGUUCGACAUCGUAAGCGCCGCCUCGGGCGGCAUCGACUUCGAGCGCACAGUCAAGACGCUCGCGCCGGGCUACGAUUUCAAUCUAUCCCUCGACCCGGGUUGCACGGACACGGACGUGCACGGCUGCUCCGCCGCUGACCUCGCCUGGGGCGAUACCGUGGCCGUGUCCGCCAAAGUCACUACGCCCGGCAAGCCACUCACGUCGACGGGUGCUAAAAUUGGCUGGUCUCUCACGGCGAAGGCCGGGCUCUUCCCCGUCAAGAUCGAGGGCGAAUGCCCCGUGUGCGGACCGCUCGGAUCGACCUGCGUCGUCGAGAUACCCUUCGCGGAGAACCCGGUCAUUCCGCUCGCCGAAUGUCCUCCGCCCACGGCCGUAACGUCUGCCGAGUUCGCCACAAACCUGACGCUGCCGCGAAAGGCCCCGAACCUCGGACCCUUCAAGUCGAUCAAAGUCGUCGACCCGAGCGUCAUUUACCUCAAGGACGGAUCCGGCGCGACGCUCGUCGAGCUGGACGUAGAGCUCAAAGUGGACUAA